AUGCAGUUUAGUCCAAAUUGUCCAAAUUGUUUUUGUGGCCUCCCAGCAUCGCCAGUUUAUUCCGAAGAAUUUGGCUUGUUAUAUGAAUGUCAUAAUUUACACAAUAAUCCAUGGGUUGAAGAUCAGCUUUUGAAUGGGCGAGACAGUCCUGAAAGCGACCAAUCAGAUACAAACAUAGUUCCUUCCUUAUCAUCAAGCAGGCAAAAAGAUAAAAUUUGCGGAUAUCAUAUUCACAAAGAUACUUGGGAUAGUUUUUUUGAUAGUGAAAGUUUAGAUGCAGAGCAUCCAGAAUUGGCUAUUUGCCCAUUUUUUAAUUUCACCUUUUGUGCUUUCUUUAAUUUAAAAAAUACUUAUCAGUUAAGCCAUCCACCUCCUCCAAAAUGUUUUUGUAAACUUCCUGCAACGAUGCGAUAUGUUGACUCUCAGGAUUUAAAUCGAGAAGAGUUGAAGUUCGUUUGUCGAAAUUAUCUAAUUGACGGAGCGAGACCUAAAUGUACAUGGAUGUUAUCGGCAAGUGAAGUGCCAUUCCAAAGACCUAACGGAUGUACGCAUCCUUUGCAAAAGCAAGGUUCAAAUAAACUUUUAGAGCCUAGUCAACAAAUACAAAGUUGUAAUCACUCGAUCGUAAAAAGAGAUGACUGUAAUUAUGAUACAAGAGGUCGAUUUGGAAAUAAUGGUUACAAUAACAACGGCGAAAGAUUCAAAUCCAAAAAAUUUAAUAAUCAUUUUCAACAAGAAAUAAGUUUCUUCGGUGAUAAAUAUUCUUCCAAUGGAGAGUUUAAUAAUCAUCAUUCAUCAGAGAGGGAUGAUCAUCACCACCAUCGAGGAGAAUAUCAUCGAGCAGAGAGGGAUGAUCAUCACCAUCAUCGAGGAGAAUAUAAUAAUGAUCACAGGCCUAAGAAUGGUAAUUACCAAAAUAAUACAUAUCAGGAUCAAAAACCUAUACUUGAUAAUGACAGAAAUUCAAUCGUGUCGAGAAGAGUAAGUAAUGGAACAGGAUCUUCUUAUUCACAGGAAGGAUGGGAUCCUGGACGUAAUUGGAAAGGAAGACAGUAUCAUAAGAACACUUCAUGGGAUAAUUAUAAAGAUUUACAAACUUCAAGUGGUUCAGAUCAUAAAGGUAAUUCGAGCGGACAAGUUAUAAAUAAAAAUACGAAUUCAGAAAGUAAAAACCGAGAAAAGUCAAAUAUUCCAAACGGUAGAAAAAGUUCUAAUGAUGUAGCGCCGCCAAUAUCUAAUGUAAUAUCAAUGAAAGUCCACAUGAAGGAAACUUCUUAUGUUGCAGCUUCCAAUAAAAAAGCUGCCUCAAAUUGUAAAUGUGCAACAGAUGCAUCACGUGUUUUAUCAGAAAACCAGAGGUUAAAAUCCGAAAAACAAAAGUUGAUCACUAAACACGAAGAUGAAAUAGAUAAUUGGGCUAUGAAAGUAGAAGAUUUAGAAUACGAGGUGAAGCAUCUUCUUAGUAGGGUAGGAAAUUAUAAAAAAGAAUACGAAUCUGAACAAAAUUUAAGACAAUCUUGUCAGAGGAAGAUAAUUGAACUUCAAGCUCAAAUCGCGGAUGUAACAAAAAAAAUCGAUGAAUUACAUAUUAUAAAGGAGAAGGAAAAAGAAGAAUACGCUAUGGGAAAUAUGAAAUGUGUGCUCGGGCAGUUACCAAAUGUGUUAUUUGUCGAAAACCAAAGGAGAAGAUUAUUAGAAUUUAUUUGGGAUAACUAUAAUAAUAAUAUUUGUGGAAAAGGACAUGAAUUGAGGGAAAUAUUUAGAAGAUCGGAUAUAAAUAUUAAAAAAUUCCCUACAAUAAAGAAAAAUCAUUAA